AUGGCAAACCGAUACGGGCGGCCCAGCUGGGCUGCUUUGCCACGAAAAGGGCAGUUACUCGUUCUAUGCAUGAUCCGAAUUACUGAACCUAUCACUGUAUUCUGCCUCAACUCAUAUAUAUUUUACCAACUUCGAUACCUCGACCCAAACUCUCCAGAUGAUGAGAUCAUAAGACAGGCAUCGAGUCUUCGGUCAGUAUAUAUGCUGGCUCAGUGUGUUUCGUGUUUUCUCUGGGGUCUCGUUGCAGACUCACCACUGGGUGGAAGGAAACUAGUCCUGCUCAUUGCCCUAGGCUGUUCAUUCCUCAGCAACCUGUCUCUUUGCUUCAUUUCAAGCUAUAAACAGGCUAUUGUCAUCUAUGCUGCACAAGGCUUCUCUAAUAACAAUACGGCCAUUGUAAGGACGCUAGUUUCCGAAGUGGUACCACAAAAGCGGCAAGUUUCCAGGUUUCAAGCCAGAGCAUUUGUAUUGCUACCAAUAUGCACAAGUUUCGCAUCAGUCCUCGGUCCCCUUAUAGCAGGCUUGACAGUCGAAGCCAAUCCUCAAACACAGACCAGCAACCGAUCCUUUCUGGAGAGACAUCCCUAUGCGUUACCACCUUUGAUCAACUCCAUGCUGUUACUAGUGCCACUAUUCUCAACUUUUUUCUUUCUCGAGGAGACAUUAGAACCUUUACGAGAAGAAUACGACCCCGGAAUUGCAAUCUCCCGACGAAUUAUGUCAUUCAUCUCCAGAUCAUCUAGACACCAAUUGGCGCGUUAUGAGGCAGUCCCUGUUGAUAUCGACGGAGAUAGGGAAAUGGAGUGUUUUACCAGAGUGGAAAAUGGUGGUCAAGGAGCCUCAUCAAUGCGACCAAAGUCUAUUCUAGAGGAAGAUGAAAUCGUGAACAAGGCGGAGUGUGUGCUACCAACCUCUUGGAUGUUUACCAAGAAGAUGAUGCUUGUUCUAUUUGCAGGGUUUCUUCAGGAUAUACAGGUUGGCGUGACUAGUGACGCCAUGAACAAUUUGUUAAGUUUCCCUGUGGCAAGUGAAGAGCAGGAACGUCAAACAGUACUGCCGUUUCGAUUCACUGGCGGCGCUGGAUUCAAGCCAAGCUCACUCGCAUGGACGACAUGUAUAUUUGGCAUGUUGGGGCUUCCAUUUCAGUUAUGGUUGUACCCUCGAAUUACUCAAAGCCUGGGAGUACUGAGAACCUGGAGGUACUUCAUGUUCGCAUUCCCCUCGAUAUGGUUCCUAUAUCCAUACAUCGCUGUUCUGCCUUCGAGCCUACCUCCACCCUCGGAAAAAACGGGGUUUUUCAUUUGGGGGUUUAUAGUAUUUCUUGCUAUUAUAACAGGGCUUUUCGUAGGCUGCGUGAUGCCUUGCCAGCUCAUACUUGUAGCGCAGUCAUCACCACAUCCCUCCGCCCUAGCAAAAACCCAGAGUAUUGCCUUCUUCGUGUCCACGGCGACCAGAGCGUCUAGUUCAGCUAUAUCAGGUGUUCUACUUGCAUUCGGUUUAGAUCGGAAUCUCGCUGGUCUACCGUUCUGGCUCAGCGCUCUAGUAGGUGCGAUCGCAAUCGGCAUUAAUCCAUUGAUAGAAGAGAAUGGUUUCGAAGGCUAAGUAGCUAAGAAGUAAUAAAAGUGAACUUCAUAA